CAUUUGAAAAACGAUCAGUUAUUUUUCGUGUUUGUCGCACGCCGCGUUUUCGUUGCCGGUCAAAAUUUCACGCCUGCUUCAUGCCUAGCGCAUUCAAUUUGCUGAAACAAGGUGGUGGAGAAAAAGCUGGGGGAGCUUCGGCCAUAAUUUCAUGGGACCAUUUCAUCAAUUCACUGUUCCGCUACUAUCAGAAUCUGAGACAGGAGCAAAACCCCGGCAGUGAAACAGUUUACCGCUACAGAGAGCCCUCAGCAGAAACAUCAACCCUCAGGAAAUGGCCAUCAUCGACGCAGCUUACUCCCUUUUCGACACCUUCACACCAUUCCCCGGACGUUAGAGAUGAAUCAUCCAACAGGAUGAAAAUCCAGAAAAAAAUUCCCCGGACGCAAAAAUCUCGAGAAGGCAUGAAGACCAAAGUGGACCACAUGUUCAACGCCAUCCGCUACGUUACCUACAAUUGUUCCUUCCGGAGAACGCUCUAGUUUCCAUGAAAAUUCUCGCUUCCAAAAUGCGUCAACCGAACGUAAAUGCUAGGGCUGCUGACCCAAAAUGAGCGCACCAAAAUUGAAAUCCGUCAGGGUUUGUGUUUGGAAAGCGAAGCAUCAGUAACAUUCUCGGAGGAUGACGUUGAAUGUGGUCAGGAACUACAGGAGCAGCAGCACGAAACAGGCUCCGUUUGUUUGGAGCUGCAGUACAAGAAAGCUAUCGUCGACCGGCUGCGGGGUGUUUGCGGCAGCAGAGCACCCCCCAAUCUGGCACACCAUCUGCUUGGCUUUGACCUGAGCAAAGAACUGCUACUCACCAAUUUGCAGCAACCGGGGGUGCUUCCCGACCAACUGCAGCUUAUUUUGCCGCUGGAGGAAGGCCAACUCAAUUCCCCAGCCCAAGAGCUAGUGAUCGAGCACGGCUGACCCAAAAUGAGCGCACCAAAAAUUAAAUCCGAAAGGGUUUUAUCGAGUUUUUGGAAAGCGAAGCAGAACCAUUCUCGGAGGAACUACAGAAGCAGCACCACAAAACAGGCUCCGUUUGUUCGGAGCUGCAGUGCAAGAAAGCCAUCAUCGACCGGCUGCAGGAGUGUUUGCCGCAAAGCACCCCCAAUUUGGCACACCAUCUGUUUGGGUUUGACCUGAGCAAAGAACUUUGACUGCUUAUUUUGCUGCUGGAUCAAACCUUGGAGGAAGGUAGGUGUUUCUGAUUUAUUUUUGUGAUUUGUUGUUUUUUAAAUUUUUUUUGUAGGCCAACUCAAUUCCCCAGCCUAAGCGCUACUAAUAGAGCACAGCUGACCCAAAAUGAGCGCACCAAAAAUGAAAUCCGAAAGAGUUUG